CCUACUGAGUUCUUGGAAACGAAUCGCUUAUGUAGUAGUCCACUCGUUGGGUUUUGCCGUAGUCGUGUAGUCGUUGUUAAAGUUUUCCACUGUUGCGAGUCCCAUGUUAAUUUUAGAAAUUCCGAGCAAUUCAUUUGAAUUCAGACUGCGCUAACACGCGGGAGAGCGUUUAGUGAACACGAGAUACUAUAUCCAAUUAGUAAAUAUAAAGCAGAAUUAAGAGGAAUGCCAACGUCUGAAUUUUGGUUUUCAAUUUAAGCGGAUAAUGUUAAAAGGUGAUUAAAUAUAAUCCGACCAUUGGAGAGUACAAAAAAGUAUAAACAAAUUGUAUUGUACGCACGUUCCAACACACAGCGGCAGUGGUAUCUUUGAAAAAAAAAAAAUCGUCUGAGCAACUGGUGCAAUUCCAAUUGGGAAAUAUACCAAUUUGUAGUAAAGAAAACGUGCAGGAAUAAGAGAAAAAAGAGAAACGUUCAGUAAUACUGGACGAAAAUACAAAGUACAACAGCAAGAACUACGAGAAGGCCAGAAAGAAAAUCCAAAGUACAUAUAUACGUAAACGUGACAAAUUGGAAAACGUGUAUACAUAAGUAUAUUGAAAAAAAAGCUUUCAAAUAAAGAAACGACGGAGAAGUGUAGUGAAAUAAAAGUUCGUGUGCUACUUGCUGCCGCCGAUUUCUCAUAAAAAUCACGUUUUCGACAGUAUUUUUUCACGUUUUAUUUUUGUAAAUUUGAGUUUUUGUGCGCGUCGCGUCUGGGAGGCGAUUCAAGGUUUUCAUACGAAAUAAAGCUGCAAAGAAAAACACGAAAACCAAAAAAUAAGCUAAUAAGUUAAAGAUAUACGGGCGGUGUCAUUGCUGUCGUUGUUGGCGCCGCAGUUGCUGUUUUCCUGCCAUUGCUACUACCCCUGAAUUACGUAUCGGCGUGGAGAAUUCCAAAUGAAAAUCGACAAGCAGCCAAUAAAAAUACCUACAAGUUUCUACGCCUGCACUACAAAUACGGUAUUGAAAUCUGUAUACUUGCAUUCGUGUAAAUAAGAGAUAAGCUAAAUAAAAAAAUACGCUGUCAUUAUCUGAAAAGUGUUAUCAGUUCAGCGCAGCUUUUCACAACUAAGUGAAUAUAUGUAUAUACAAAAUAAUACACACAAUAACACACUAAACAUAAUCCAAUUCCACACACUUGGGCGUAUCGCGUUGGCGACAGCUUAAAUAAAGUUAUUUAUUGACGUCCGCACAAAAUACCAAAUUCAACAUAAUUGUCGUGAAAUGAAAAAUUAAGAAAAAAACAGAAAGUUAACAAUCAAAAUUCCAUUGGCUGUUAUGUGGUUAUGUGAAAUGUUAUGUUAAAUUCAGAUACAAGACGUCAGAUUCAUGAUUUAACUGCCUGCCGUUAUUGGGAUCAUUUUUGGAUAUUCUCAGCCGUCCCACAAAAUAAUUAAAACUGUAAACAAAUGCACAUUGUUUGCUAGUUUAGUGUAUUAAAAUAUUCUUCAUCCAAUGCAAAAAAGAGAAAAAAAUCAUUAAUGCGUAUAUUGCGUAAAAGGUGAAAUUGUGAUAAUCGUGUACCUGACCGGGGUAGGAAGAUUCGUCUUUUUCACAUCCAAUCCCUCUUUCUUAUUAGACAUAUUUCGGCUAAGUGCAUUUUUAUUGGAAAUUUGUAUAAAUUACUUAAAAAAAAUAAACUAAAUAACGUACCUACAUACAUAUAUACAUACAUUUAGUGAAAAUCAGAAACUUACUCCUAAAAAUACUUUUGACGGCGAAAUACAGUGAUUAAAAUAUAAAGCAGUAAGACCCUUUGUAUGCACACACAUACAUACAUGUGUAUAAGUAGCAAACGGGGGUAACCGAAGUGAACCGACUGGUAGCGCAACAAAUCACACCGACAACCUGUUACCCAUUUGUUUUACUAAAUUAAAGAAAAAAGAGGAAAACGUGCAUAUUACCAUCAUUGAGGUACUAAACCACGGGACGUAGUCGCAAUCACAUCCAGUCAGCCGACACAGCUUAAGUCGCAGCUAAAAGUUAAGUGUGCGUUACUGACAUUGCUCAGCAAAUUCACCAUCGCUACCGCCGCCAUCAUUGCGGGCUUCACAACAACGACGACGAUACCAACGAAGACGUCCACCAUUGCGAACAACACCGUACCGGUCGUUCCAACAACUGCUAUUGUCGUCACCAGUCAACCCACGACGAUUGCCAUCAUUCCACCUCAACUGCAACCGGCGCACAGCAGCAAAAUUAAGUACGAAGUUAUGGAAUCGUACUGGAGUGAAGCGAAUGGACACGCUCCGCACUCGGUUAAGUAUGAAAGCGAAGCAGCAGUAUCCAGUUUUCCUUAUUGCACAGAAUCUAGCUUAAAUUUUUCCACAUCAGCAACAGCGUACAGCGAGGAUGAUGCAGAAUAUGCCACCGGAAGACGUAAUAAAACUUCGAGGCAAGAUCCAUUGUCACAUCGCAUUAUUGAGAAGCGUAGACGCGAUCGCAUGAACUCCUGUCUGGCCGACCUCUCACGCCUCAUUCCGCCGCAGUACCAACGUAAAGGGCGUGGCCGCAUUGAGAAAACCGAGAUCAUCGAAAUGGCCAUUAGGCACUUGAAGCAUUUGCAGAGCGAGUGCAUUCAGAAGGAAAACGAGUACCGCAUGGGCUAUACGGAUUGCAUGAAGGAGGCAGCCAAGUUUCUCUACGAGAGCCACAUGGAGGAGUUUUGUUAUCGAUUGGUGGCGCGCUUGCAAGAGCAUUGCGUGGAACUGAUGAAAAAUGACUGCUACAAGUCGAGAAACUGUCAUAUACCCGACAAUGUGAGCGCGUCGAGCGGUAGUCCGCAUCAAGCGUAUCAUACGGCGCCGCCGUUGUGUCAGUUGCGAGACAUGCUGGGCAACUCGGACAUCGAGCAGAGCAACGAUCAUAACGAUGUAAAGGAUUUGAGUUUCCGCAACCACUUGAAUCAGUUGCAACGUAAUGCCGCUGUCGCGGCGGCUGCUGCCGCGGUUGCCAACAGCACUAAUAAUAGUGCUGCGCACGAGCACAAUAGCAGCGGCAGCCAAAAUAAUGCGGCCAGCAAUUCCACCACUUCAUCGACGAACGCAACUUUGAAUAAUGCCACCAGCACGGCGACGGCAUUACCCAAUGGCGGUGGUGUGGUGGUGAGUGGUGCACCAGCGGGUAAUUCGCCGCAACGCCCACACCAGGCGCCAGUUAUAACGUCCACGGGCCCGGCAACAUUGAAUCAUCACAACGAAUCGAGUAAUCAUGAUUUUGAGUCAUCGUCGCGUGAACCGCUCUUGCACACCGACACUUCCAACAUGCAUUCGCCGCCGCCGCGCGACUCCCUGCUAAAUCAUCACGCUCACCUGAACCUCCAUCAGCACACCACCGAUAGCUUGCAGUCAGCGCGCAUGCGCAAUUUCUCCGAGUCAUCGCACGAUAUUGAGCACAACAAUAACUACAAGUACAAAAAUCACAUAAAGGAGCGCUUCAAUCACGAGCUACAUGACGAAGAAACCUCCAGCGAACACUGUCCGGCGCCGCCGUUACUACAAAGCGAACACUCGCAUACGCACUCGUUGUCCGAACACUCGAAGGAUGGCACCGAGCCUGAAAUUGCGCCCAUCAUGGCGAAGAAGCGUAAGUUGGCCGAAGCGGUAGGUGGCGUCAAUAGCAAUAGCGCUUUGGAAGACUGUGAUACACGUCCAUUGCCAUCUGUGCGCACGCCAACUACCACCACCACCAGCAUGCUGGGCGCACGCGAUGAGAAGCCCUUCAGUUUUGCCGACAUCAAGACCGAAUUGAGUGCUCCCGCCGGCUUACUAGGCGCCAAAACACUUUUGAGCACACCCAGUAGCACAACGCACGUGCCGCCAAAUAUGCACGCGGCACGCUCUUUUGCCGUACCCAUCUUUGCGCUGCACGGUCAGGGUACCUACUACGUACCGCUCAACGUUGACUAUAAUGUUCUGGUGCCAUUCCUCAAUGGUGCCGAUUUGCUCGAAAAGAACUAUACAUCGAUGCCGGUGGUGCAUCCGAUAAACAUCAACGUCAACUUUAUGCCUACCACAUCGUCUUCAACUUUUCUUGCCGCCGCUGCGGCAGCGGCUGCUGUAGCUGCAGGCAAACAACAACUGCCCCCCGUCAACGGUACAGUAUCUUCGACGGCGGCAGCCACUGCUACAGCUGUGACCAAGGCCAAAUUGGAGAGCAUCAGUAAUGGGUGGUAAAUACGCAUACGCGCAACAAAUAGUUAAAACAAAAUUAACAACAAUAACAGCAACAGCAAAAAACGUACGUGAGUGUACGAAAGAAAGCGGUGCAUCAGUUUGCCGCGCGGCUGGUCGGGUGGCGUAGGACGCCAACCUUUCCUCAAGCACUACUACUACAAGGAACAGCACUACCUCAGACAUCUGUGAAAUAGGAUGAAACAAUAAAAGUGACUUCACACCAAGCAUCAGCCAACAGUCAAGAGCCAGCAAAUAGCGGACGAUGACAAUCGAAUGCUGCGUAGAGUAAUGGCAUACAGGGUGGAAUAGUCUGCCAUGGAUAGAAUGCCAUGCGCUUGAUUGGUCAGCUGGUUGUCAGAUGGAAUGUUUACGAUUAUUGUGAAGCGAAGACUUACCUGAGCGAAAUAGUUCUGUAUAAUAAACCACCAACAAUAGCAACAACAACAAUAAUUGUUAUAUAUCAUGACUGGUUCAUGAUUAUAUAUUUCUAUUGACACUGAAAUCAGCAGAAAAAGUAAAACAUAAAAAAGGGAAUAUUUCAAUAGUGUUUCGUUUUGUGCAAGGAUCAAAACCUAACAGACUUAAACAUGUAAUGAAUUAGUAAAAGAAUUAAACAAUAAAUUAUUUACAAAUUUUUACAUUUGCAAAUGAAUUUUGCUGCACUCUGAGACUGAGUCAGCUGCGGGGCAACAAGUGUGCAAUUUAUAGAAGAUU